AAUGUGAAGUUUUUAUUUUAUUUUUGAGGGACAUCUUACAUCAGCUCAGUUUAGACUCAGCAGCUUUGCUGUACAAGAAGACUUGGGUUUUUCUUGAGAAAUUCAUCAGUAUUGACAGCACCUAACUGGAUUACAACUGCUGGGGACCAAUGGUAUACAACAGCAUACUUUAAAAGAAUGGAACUUCUUUCUCUUUCUGAGAUGAAAUACUUUCCCAAGAUGCAUUUCAUUCUGUUGAUGCUGCUGUAUCUGUUAGGUGCUGCAAGAACUCAAGUCAAUCCAGGUGUGUGCCGCUAUCCUCUUGGAAUGUCUGGGGGGCAGAUUCAAGAUGAAGAUAUCACAGCAUCCAGUCAGUGGUCUGAAUCUACCGCAGCUAAAUAUGGAAGGCUUGAUUUUGAAGAAGGUGAUGGAGCUUGGUGUCCAGAAAUCCCCGUGGAGCCAGACAACCUGAAAGAGUUCCUUGAGAUUGACCUACGCACUCUGCACUUCAUAACCCUGGUGGGGUCGCAGGGGCGCCAUGCUGGGGGCCACGGCAAUGAGUUUGCUCAGAUGUACAAAAUCAAAUACAGUCGGGAUGGGAGCCGCUGGAUAUCUCGGAAGAACCGCCUUGGGAAGCAGUUAAUCGAAGGGAACAAAAAUGCCUAUGACAUUGUCCUAAAGGACCUGGAGCCUCCCAUCAUUGCCAGAUUCGUCCGGUUCGUCCCUGUGACUGAUCACUCCAUGAACGUGUGCAUGAGGGUGGAGCUCUAUGGGUGUGAGUGGUUAGAUGGUCUGGUCUCCUAUAAUGCUCCAGCAGGACAGCAGAUCAUUGUGCCAAGAGGUUAUAAUGUUUACCUCAACGACUCUGUUUAUGACGGCGCAGUUGGUUACAGUAUGACAGAGGGUCUUGGACAGUUGACCGAUGGAGUGUGGGGUCUGGAUGACUUCACACAGAGCCAUGUGUACAAUGUCUGGCCCGGCUAUGACUACGUGGGCUGGUCCAACGAGAGCUUCACCACCAACUAUGUGGAGAUUAUGUUUGAGUUUGACAGAAUCCGGAACUUCACCACAAUGAAGGUUCACUGUAACAACAUGUUUUCGAAGGGGGUGAAGAUCUUUCGAGAGGUGCAGUGUUAUUUCAGCUCAGAGACCAAUGACUGGGAGCCCAACCCCAUCUCCUCCGUCCUGGUGCUGGACGAUGUUAACCCCAGCGCCCGCUUCGUCACCGUGCCCCUCCUGAACCGCAUGGCCAGCGCCAUCAAGUGCCAGUACUACUUUGCUGACACCUGGAUGAUGUUCAGCGAAAUCACCUUCCAGUCAGACACUGCCAUGUACAACACAACUGGAGGUCCGCCAAAAAUCCUCCCCGGAACCCCAACCAGCACACAGCCAGCAAAACAGAAAGAAGAACUACAGGAAACAGAAGGUGAUGACCCAACCCACAAAGUGGAUGACAGUAACACUCGCAUUCUGAUUGGCUGUUUGGUGGCCAUCAUCUUCAUCCUGGUUGCCAUUAUUGUCAUCAUCCUGUGGAGGCAGUUCUGGCAGAAGAUACUGGAGAAGGCUUCUCGGCGGAUGCUGGAUGAUGAACUGACUGCCAGUCUGUCGCUACAGAGCGAGACCUUCACCUAUAACAAUAAUAACAAUCGCUCGUUGUCGGCCAGUGAACAGGAGUCCAACUCCACCUAUGACAGGAUCUUCCCUCUGGGGCCCGACUACCAGGAGCCUUCCAGGCUGAUCAGAAAGCUGCCCGAGUUCUCUCAGGCGGCCGAGGAGGCUGCGGCCGGCAGCAGCGGGGUUGUGAAGCAAUCCCCAGCCAGUGGACAGGAGGGUAUGCCGCACUACGCCGAGGCCGACAUCGUGAACCUGCAGGGAGUGACCGGUAGCAACACCUAUGCCGUGCCAGCUAUCACUAUGGAUCUGCUUUCUGGGAAGGACGUGGCGGUCGAGGAGUUCCCCAGGAAACUGCUCACCUUCAAAGAGAAGCUUGGGGAGGGGCAGUUUGGAGAGGUGCACUUGUGUGAAGCUGAAGGAAUGUCAGAGUUUAAAGACAAGGAUUUUUCUUUUGACAUCACUGCAAAUCAGCCUGUUCUGGUAGCUGUAAAAAUGUUACGAGCAGAUGCCAACAAGAAUGCCAGAAACGAUUUCUUGAAAGAAAUUAAGAUCAUGUCUCGAUUAAAAGACCCCAACAUUAUCCGCCUUCUGGCAGUGUGUAUCUGCGACGAUCCUCUCUGUAUGAUCACGGAGUACAUGGAGAACGGGGAUCUCAAUCAGUUCUUAUCCCGUCACGAGCCGGAGGGACAGGUCUGUCUGGCCAGCAACACCCCCACUGUCAGUUAUGCCAAUAUUCAGUACAUGGUCACACAGAUAGCAUCGGGCAUGAAGUACCUUUCCUCCCUCAACUUUGUUCACCGUGACCUGGCCACCCGUAACUGCUUGGUUGGCAAGAACUUCACCAUCAAGAUUGCUGACUUUGGGAUGAGCCGCAACCUGUACAGCGGAGACUACUACCGCAUCCAGGGGAGAGCCGUGCUGCCCAUCCGAUGGAUGUCCUGGGAGAGUAUUCUGUUGGGCAAGUUUACCACUGCCAGUGAUGUGUGGGCAUUUGGGGUAACUCUCUGGGAGACUCUGACAUUCUGCCUGGAGCAGCCGUACUCCCAGCUAUCAGACGAACAGGUCAUCGAAAACACCGGCGAGUUCUUCAGGGAUCAGGGGCGGCAGAUCUAUUUGCCACAGCCUGCCAUUUGCCCGGACCCUGUCUACAAAAUAAUGCUAAGCUGCUGGAGGAGAGACACCAAGGAUCGGCCAUCAUUUCAAGACAUCUACCGCAGUCUUCUAGACUUCACCACCUAGGAGGAGCAGCGCUUCCAAAGGCAAUGCUUGCAAACUGGACUUUGGUGUUUGUGUCUUCGUGUGGAAACAAACUUAGUAUGUGCAGAUGGGAAUGUGGAGAGAAAGAGGCAAUCAAAGGAAGCCAAUGAAGGUUAAAGAGCAUUAUUUAUAUAUGAGAAUUAUCAGCUCAGUGUCUAUAUUUGUUUAUUGUGUUGUCACACAGCAAUGGUUUCAGAUGGAGUGUCUGUGAGGUCCUCCACAACAAAUUAACUGAAAAGUGAAGGACAAAGGAGCAGUAAGAAUGAUUGCCAGUGAGAACCAUAGUUCAGUAUGCUAAAUUCAGCGAUAUUGGUACUUCUUUUUAUUCUGGGGAUCUUCCGUUGUUAUGAAGACCUAUUUAAGGGUCUACAAAGGGAACAAUAUCUCCAUAGUAUAAUUUAUAAUAACUGUCUUAAUAGUAAUUGUGGCCUUAAUAAUUAUGGAAGCCUUUCUUUUUUCUAUCAAUGUUUAUAUGCAUUAUAUUGGAAGUUGUUUCAGUUUUAAAAAAAAAUAUUAAAACUAUACAUUUUUUAAAUUAGCACUUUUGCUCAUUUCUGUAGAAGAAUGCUUGAAUGUAAGACCCUAAACAGUGCAAUUUAGCCAAAUAUUAUUAGAAAUAAUGAAAGAAAUGCUCACAUAGGUAAUCUUAAAUUUAAAAAAUAGCUUGUUAUAUUGUGUCUUGUUGCAUGAGCCAUAAAGUAGUCCAAUAAAAGUUUAUUCUAAAUUAUUAUGUAAAAAGAAAACAAUAAAUAUCAAAUCUUAGGGGAAUUCCCUCUUCCAUUGAAUGUGUGUGCAUUGUUAUCCUCUACUGUUUUUGAAGAAAUCCAUCAACUCCUAUGAGUUAAAAGAUUCGACAAAAAUGCAACUUAUUUUUGCCUAUACUGAAGCCUUCUGUAUUGGCUUCCAUACACACAAGAAUACCACAGUAUGCAUCAUUUAUACACUAUACCAUUUGUUCAUUCGCUCAUUAUCUGAAACACAGAAUUCAUCUCCAUUCCUUCAUGGUGCCAAUUCCAAAUAGGAAAGAAGACUCGACAUGUAGAUUUAUAUGUUAGCUUUUUAUUUUAAAGGUGCCAAAAUUCCUUUGAAGGUAUAUUGAUUUUAAUUCAAUUCAAUUCAGUUUUCAACGUAUUUAUUUAUAUAGCGUCUUUCAUACCACAGUAUCUCAAAGAGCUUUACAUGUCGGUUGAAACAGAAAGAAGCCUGCAGUGUCAAGAAGUAGUAAAAAUUAUAACAAUACAUAUCAAUACAAAAUAAUUAUAAUAAUUACAUAAUUAUAAUAAUAAUUAAUAACAAUGAAAAGAACAGGAAAUGAAUAGGAAUGAUAGAUAAAGCACAAAAUUACAAAAAUAAACAUUAAAAUAGAUUAAUAACAAUUAUAUUUGUAAGUCAGGUUAAAAAGGCUAACCUAUCAAAAAUAUGUCUUUAAUCUUAACUUAAAAAUAUUGACUGAAGCAGCAUCUCUAAUAGAAAAGGGCAAUCAGUUCCACAGUCUGGGGACAUUAGAACUAAAUGCACUUUUUUGGGGUUUCAUUAAAAAGGACAGAAACAUUGAAUUAAAUCCUUCAAUUGUACUGACAUUUAACAUGUAUUGUAAAUAGCACCAGCAAUAUAGUAUUAUUUCCCUUUAUUACCCUAUCCCUUGCCGCAGUCCUAUCCUUAACCGAAUCAUUAGUGUUCCUAUUUAUUAUUGCCUGCUUCAUAUAAAACGUGAUCAAUUCCAAUGUAACUAGUGUUACCUAGAGUAGAUAUCUGCCAGCUUGCGACAAAGUGUUUCUAAGUGACACUAAUUAAUGUUCCUUCCUUGUCUUGUCUUUUACAUCGUUUUAGCUUCAUUUUAAAAUAGCCCCCAGUAUAGUAGACAAACAUGCUUAGUACUGUGACAUGUUGAUGUAAUGAAGUGGUUCACAGUCAACUCUUUCAUCUCAGAUUCGAGACAUUCUGCUUAACUGCAAUAGAAAAUAUUCUGCUUAACCGCAAUCGGAAAUAUUUUUUAAAGAUGUAUGCAAUGUAAAGAAAUGCUGGGUUUCAAAUAAAAGUUGUGCAUGCUUUAGGAAGUUUUGUGUAAUGAACAAGCUUUUCCAUAAUGCAAGUGCAAUGAUAUAAGGUUGUUAUAAUGUGGUAUGGUCAUGGCUUCCAUUUUUUUCCAUAGUACCAUUUAAAUAGCACUUGCAUUCUCUGACUAAAGCAUUAGCACUUUAUAAUAAAUAAGAAAUAAUGCAAUGGACUAUACGUGUAUAGAUGCUUUGUGUUCUUGCACUCCUGUUUAAUUAAUUUCAUGAUACAUUCUUUAAAUAAGAAUGUUUAUGUCAUGUUAACACACCAAAGAUUAAGUGUUAGGAGUGUAAAAUAUUCCAAUGAACCAUCAUUAAUGUCUUAAACUAAACGCUUCAAACUGGUAGACAAUAGGAGGAUAUUGGUAAAGCGUUAAGAAAACAUGUUAAAUAAGAAAUGAACAGUAGAGAAACUUGAUUUAUGUAUUACAGUAAAAAAUAGUGAGUUAUGGAUAAAUGGAAUAUGUAACCAUGCCGUGCACAGUUUAGAUAUCCUGUUGUUAAUCAAGUCUUUUGUGUUUGUUUUGUAAGGUUAAAUAUUUGGAAUAAAAGAGUUGUUUAUGUCCCACCUAAAAUAAUCCUUAUCUGCCUGGCUAUAGAAAACCACAGAGUAUUACUUGUUAAACAUGCUGGUCAGAGAAAGAAGAGAAUAUGUUUGUAUUCUUAAGAUUUGUUAUAUAUCUAUAUAAAUAUAUAAUAUAAAUAUAUAUAUAUAUAAAAGACGAGUUGUAUGCAGUAAGUAGCAGGGCAGUGUGAAAGUGAAUGUGUGUGGUUGAUGGGGAAUGUAGGUUAUGAAGUAUUACUAUCUGCAAUCAUUUGAAGGGCGGCGUUUUAAACUAAAAUGAUGUUUUGCCACUGCCUGCUGGCUGUCCUUCAUUCACACUCAAUCAUGGAGGUCAUACAAGUAAACUGGGUCUGAUACAAGGACUGUGAGUAAAACAGGACCUUCAGGUAAAAUAAUUUUCACUGUAGGCUCUGUUGUUUCACAAAGUUUGAGGGUUAGAUACAAACUUGGUUCCUCAUGCUGCUGAAAAAUCCAUCUUUUUCAAAGUAGGAGUAGAGCUGAUGAUCCAAUUAGGUGCCAACGUGGUUCCUAUUGAUUUUGAAAGGAAUCCAUUAAACAUAAGCAUGUCAUGCAUGUCUUCAUUCACAAAGCAUAGUGCAGAUAUUGUGAUGAUGUUGGCUCUGUGUUAGAUAAUGGCUGCAGAUACUAGUAAUACAUAAUAUUAGGAAUUAUCAUUUUGAAUGAGUAGAAAUGUGUAGUGAGCAAGACAAAGAAUUACUACAUAAAAAGAGAGAAAAAAUGCAAGGUUUGUGUAAUUUUUGGUGUGCUCAAAAAAGAUUUAAAUAUUCAGCUUCGGGUGACAUUGAAUAAAUAGUUAGCGUCGCACCAAGUGUACCUGAAAGCCUUUUACAUCACAUUAAUAUUUCUCAAUGUCGGCUAAAUGCUUUAUUGGCUACUUCGCUGCACAUUUGUUUCAUGUUACAGCUUUUAAAACAAUUAUAUAUAGUUAAAGGCUUAACAUAACAGAUAUGUUUUGUUCCUUUUUCCCCAAAAUCUUAUGACAUUUCGGAGAAGAAUUCCACCCAUUUUUGUCACGUCAUUGAGAUUUUUUGCAUUAUAUAUUUUCUUUGUUGUACAAGACAUUAUAUUAUUAUAUUAUCUAUGCAUCAAUUCAAUACAAAUGUAAGGCAUUUUCAGCCACAGUAAGUAAGCUAUGUAAUGUUAUAUAGUUAAUGUUUAUGUAAUGUGAGGUGAAGUUGUUUUCAAUGGUUUUAGGCAGUUCUGUAUCUGUAUUCUGAUGUGUUGAAUUGUUUUUCUUCAGUACUAAAGAACACCUGUACAUUAAAAAGAAUACAUUUUUCCAUGAUUCAUUUAGUAAUGUUAAAAUGAAUUAAAUAUAUAAAUAAAUACAAAUGUGACCAAACUGAAACUUGGUAUGUGUGGAUGCUGUUCACUGUUGUAAUAUAAUAUAUCACGAUGAUCUCCUAGUAUUUAUUUACACAUACAUUGAUAUCUUUCUGGGUGUGUGCAUGACACUGAUUCUCAACAAAUGAUAAUGUAGGUUUCAAUACUUCUUUAAAGACACUUUUGUACAUCUAACCUGGGUUACAUAUGUCUAUGGCAAUGCAACUAGAACAGAAGAGUAGAUCCUGAUUUCAGGGACAAUUUGAAGAUGCUUAUUUAUUGAGGAUCCGUACCUUUGUUGAGUACACUGUUGUAAGGUCAUUGUUCCAUUGUUCCAUCACUUGCAAACUCCUUACUGUAAUAUUUUAUUAUUAUUAUUAUUAUUAUUAUUAUUAUUAUUAUUAUUAUUAUUAGCAAAUCAUCUUAUACAGACAGGGUUCUGAAAUUAAUGAAGUGUGCUAUUAUAUACUGUUUUUGCUUGUCAAAGUACACACAAAGAAAAAAAAAUAACUUAAACUACUGUGGGACAUCCUUUGCUUUGUAGUUAAUUUCGUUGAGUUUUGCGAUGAACAUUUAAUAUUUGAGUAAAGUGCCAUAAAAUAUAUUUUAAAAUGUAUGUAAUCUGUUAUAAACAUUACAUUUUUAAAUAAAGUGCCAUGUCUUUAAGUAACACUCAGUAAAA